CCUUAAAAUAAUAGUUGGUCAAAUUGUUUUUUGAGAGGUUUUAAUCAAACAAACCAAAUUAAAUAAAUAGAGAGAAUUAGUAAAUAUGAAGCCAUGAAUGCUAGCUUCCUUGCUUCUUCAUCACCCAUAAUACUUUUCUGUUUUGGCUUCUGAUUGACGCACGAUAUUUCCGAAACUGAUCCAUCAAGCAAGGCUUAGCAAAGGGGCCAAUGAACAUUGCUUGCAUGCCACCCUUCUGCGUUUACGGUUCACGAACUUAUUUUUAAUCUCUUCUAAGAGGUCCCCGCAGCAAUACGUGGAAGCUAUGCCAGUGUUGGAGACUUUAAGGAGAGUGAAGCGUUUAAGGUUGUUUGAACCGUCCGUUGGCGUUGCUGGAUUUAUUCUAGUAUCUACCUUUGUUAUAUGCAGCUUUUUCUACUUGGACUACAGUGAACUCGCAGGGAAAUUCGGGUUCUCGGGUCAAUCAGAGAGGUUUACUUGGUCGCAUGAGAAAAGAGGUUCAGUAGAGAAACGUGUGCAUAGAGUUGAAUUUCUUGGAGAAAAGGGAGGUGGUGGUGGUGGGUGUGAUUUGUUUGAAGGUAACUGGGUUUGGGAUGAAAGUUACCCUUUGUAUCAGUCAAAAGAUUGCAGCUUCCUUGAUGGAGGAUUUCGGUGUUCUGAGAAUGGAAGACCUGAUUUGUUCUACACAAAGUGGAGGUGGCAACCCAAAGCUUGCAACUUGCCCAGAUUCAAUGCAACAAUAAUGUUGGAAACGCUGCGGAACAAACGCCUAGUGUUUGCUGGGGACUCAAUUGGUAGAAACCAAUGGGAGUCACUAUUAUGCAUGCUCUCUUCUGGAGUUCCAAACAAGGAAUCAAUCUAUGAAGUGAAUGGUAGCCCAAUUACAAAGCACAAGGGGUUCUUGGUAUUCAGAUUCAAGGAUUAUAACUGUACAGUGGAAUACUACAGAGCUCCAUUUCUUGUAUUGCAAAGCAGGCCUCCUCCUAGAACUGAUAGAAAGAUUAGGACAACCCUGAAAUUGGAUCAAAUGGAUUGGUACUCUUUGAAAUGGAGAGAUGCAGAUGUCCUAGUUCUUAACACGGGACACUGGUGGAAUUAUGAGAAAACCAUAAGAGGGGGUUGUUAUUUCCAAGAAGGUGCGGAAGUUAAGUUGGAAAUGAUGGUAGAAGAAGCAUAUAAGAGGUCCAUAAAGACAGUAUUGAAUUGGAUACAAAAUUCAGUAAAUCCUAAGAAUCAAGUUUUCUUUCGUACUUACGCCCCUGUCCAUUUCAGAGGUGGAGAUUGGAGAAAAGGCGGAAACUGUAAUUUGGAAACACUGCCAGAGCUUGGUUCCUCAUUGGUGCCUAAUGAUAACUGGUCACAAUUCAAAAUAGCCAAUUCUGUGCUAUUAGCACACACAAACACCAGUGAAGUUUUGAAAUUCAAGAUAUUGAAUGUAACUCAGAUGACAUCUCAGAGAAAAGAUGGUCAUUCAUCCAUCUAUUAUCUCGGUCCUAAUGCGGGCCCUGCACCUCCCCAUCGCCAAGAUUGCAGCCACUGGUGUCUCCCUGGUGUACCAGAUACUUGGAAUGAGCUACUUUACGCAUUGCUCCUAAAACAUGAAACUUCUCAUACAUGGAACUAGUAAUACUCAAUGUCAAGGAACAUUAUUAUGCACAUGAUCCACAGAGAGCAUUUUAUUUGUUCUCCUUGAAUUCAUGGAACAUUACGCAAAGGAAAAUGAAUACACCAAAUUACCAAUUCUUUGCUACAAGUAUCACAAAGAACAACAAUGCAUGAUUUGCAACAAGAACUAAGACCUCAGAUUUUAUCCUUUUAUUUAAGCAGUGACUGGUGAGAAUUUCUUAUCUUAACUAAUCGAAGACUUCAACCUUGGAAUGCAAUGCUGCGGGUAGAUACCCAAUUUCUUAAUUUUUUGCUUAUAUAUUGUGAUUAGAUAGAUUAUAGAUUAGACAAGGGAAACAUCAAUGAUAUAUAGUGUAAUUUUUGUUGUUAGAUGAAUUGUGAAUAUAGUUGAACAAAUUAUAAUUAGUGAUAUAGUAAUAGAAAUAGUUUUCACUUUCAUUUGG